GACUGCUGCUGUGUGUUCGAUGGUUGGCAAUUUCUUUACGUCGCGGAAGAAUGGCGGAUGCACCAAAGGAAACAGCUCCUCCAGCUAAGAAGCUGCCGGCAGUACCGGAAUCGGUACUUAAGAGGAGGAAGACUCGUGUAGCUGUGAAAGCUGCGCGUCUUCAAGUAGCUCUCAAGAGACGUGCAAGUCAGUAUAAGAAGAGGAAAGAAAUUUUCAAGAGAGCAGAAAAAUAUGUCAGAGAAUACAGAAGGAAGGAGCGAGAUGAAAUCAGAUUGAUGAGACAGGCUAAGAAUCGUGGAAACUAUUAUAUCCCUGGAGAAGCACGCCUUGCUUUUGUUAUCCGUAUUCGGGGUGUGAACCAAGUUGCUCCAAAAGUACGUAAAGUACUUCAACUAUUCCGUCUCAAACAGAUCAAUAAUGGCGUAUUCAUGAAAUUAAACAAAGCAACUAUUAACAUGCUCCGUAUUGUUGAGCCUUAUAUCACUUGGGGAUAUCCAAACCUGAAGUCAGUCAGAGAGUUGAUUUAUAAGAGAGGAUUUGCUAAGAUCAAUAGGCAACGUAUUCCUAUUACCAGCAAUGCUGUUAUUGAGAAAAAACUUGGCCGCUUUGGUAUUAUUUGUGUGGAAGAUUUAAUCCAUGAGAUAUUCACAGUAGGAUCAAAGUUCAAGUUUGCAAGCAAUUUCCUGUGGCCAUUCAAGCUUAACACACCCACUGGUGGAUGGCGUAAGAAGACUAACCACUAUGUUGAAGGUGGUGAUUUUGGAAACCGUGAAGAUAAAAUCAAUGAGCUCCUCAGGAGAAUGGUUUAAAUUUAUAACAAUCUUGAUAAAUAAAUGUUUAAAUACAACAAGUUA